AUGACCUGCCCACCACUAGAACCUCAAAACCAUCCAGUGAUCCAGCAUGCACCUGACGGUGUAGGCUCGCCCACCCUGGAGGGCCUGCCAGCCGAUCUGAGGACGGCGGUGCUCCUGAUCAUGCCCGAUCUGGCGACGCUGAGCCGGCUCGUCCACGCCUCGCCCGUCUUCCAUGCCCAAUAUCUGCUUCACCGCAAAUCCAUUCUCUUUCAAGCCCUCCUAAAAGAGACAACCGAGGAUGUGUUUGUAGACGUCUACGCUGCUUUCAGUUCCCAUCCAUCUAGGAUCGGCCCGCCUACGGAACCCAACACCAAUGUCACUGACUUCCUCAGUUCAUAUCUCGCCUGGCGUUUGUCAUGUAUUACUCCCAGGCAAAUAUUUGAGAAAUGUUCUUUUGAAGAAAUUCGUUCAAUGGCCUCGUUCCACCAGUCGACUGUCAGCCCUCUGGCAACUCAAUUCGUCUGCUGGGCGCUCGCUAACUACCGCUCCGGCCCGGCGCCGCGGAUUGCUCAACCCCAACCCCUCGGGGGCGAAGAAGAAGCCCUGACAAGGACAGAGAAAACACGUGUGAUGCGUGCCUGCUACCGCUUCGAGACUUUAUGCCACCUCUUCUGCGAUUCCCACUACGAGAAAUUCGGCCGCGUGGACAUCAAUGAGCUCAUCUUCUGCAACCUCGGUCUUGAGCCUUGGGAGGCCGAAGAGGUGUGCACAAUCUACGCCUUCGUCAAGGCGAAGUACGAAGAAGUGGUGCAAGAUGUGGAGUGGGAUCUGAAUGAGCACGACCCCAAGUUUGAUGAUCAAGAUGAGUCUGAGCUCGAGGGCUUGGUCUUUCCUCUUGACGAAGAGUACGACGGUAACUUCAACCGCCACAAAUAUUAUGUGGCUGGCGCAGACUUUCUAACCGGCACCAUCGCACACGGAGGCCUAGAUCUGGCCCUGAAAAUGAUAAAGGCUGUGACACAUGACGAGCGACUGGACUUGAUGACCAGAUCCCUACAGGCCGGAGGCGACUCAGGCGACUUUGUCGAGGAGGCCACGGAUCCCGCAACCCAUGUGUCUCGGCGGUACCGCCAACCCAAUGACCGGGACCGUGCCGAAGAGAGGGACCAGGCCAUGUCGUUUGCGGGCGACGAUGCCGGCGCGCCGCCGCUCGCCUGGACUCUUCUGUGGGGCGGGAGGUACUCGAACCUCUUUGGCGGGUACGUGCCGGACGAGCUGAGGCGGUGGGGCUAUGUCCUCUGGGAUGCACGCCGGAUUGACGUCGAUGGCGCUAGAGGGUAUCUCAAAGGCUUGUGGGCGACGUCGCCUGAGCUGAUGCUUGUUUGCCGCCAGUGGGCGUGGAUGUCUGACAGACCAAGAUAUCUGGACUGA